AUGUCAGCUGUUGGCUAUGGUGUGGCUUUUAUGGUCAUGCUUGUGGGCAUGGACAGCUACGCGUACAGUGCGCAGAGCGGGACCGAGGAGGUGGAUGCACUGAAGUCCGAGAAUGUGAGGUACAAGGAAGGUUGGUUUACUUCAGCAUGCCCCGGUGAUUUGGUGGUGCGCUUGCAAUCGUCAACAAGGAAAGUCUCACAACCAUUGCAUCUGGAGCUUGAGAUUCUCAACAUUUGCCAGGGGUGCUUCGCCCGCAUCCCAGAGAAGUCUAAACUGUUGGUUGGGGACUAUGGUGCUGAGCGUCCCCAUUUUGCAAGAGUUGCAGUGCAGCUUGCCAACGAGAUCACCUGUCCUGGAAGUGCCACCGUCAGCGUUGAGCUGAAACCGAAGACGAGCAGCAACAAGAUCGCAAACUUGCCGGCCAAGCUGGAAGUUCUGAUCCUGGACCCGCGUGGAAACGAGCACCCUUGGGGCUCCGCGAUCGUCGACUUCCCAUAUCAUGCGUAUCGCCCGGUGUUUCGAACGGGCAAGAGACGCUACAACUUGCUGGUUGUGGGAUUCCCCGGGGCUGGUAAAACCACUUACAUCACGAGCCUCUCCUCUGCCCUUUCAGCCAGCAACGAUCAGAGGUUGCCACGCGAUGUGGGACAAGGCCGCGGCCACAACACGAAAGCCAUCACCAAGUACGAUCUCUCGAAUCUUCUUGACGAUAAGUCCGUCGGCUUCAGCUUUUGGGAUACGUGGGGCAUCUGUGAGGGAGAGACGUGUCAAUUCCGGGACUUCUCAGAAGAGUUCCUACGGAACUUGACAGAUGGCAAAGUCCCUGACGGCUUUCAUCUCAAAGAGUAUGAUGCGCAAAAUGGCGUCUUCCACGACGUUCGUGACCAUGUGCUUUUCACCGAAGCUCAUCGCAUGCACGGAGUCCUGUUCUUCAUGAGAUAUGAACAUGCCAUCCGGGAACCAGAGAAGACACUGGCGAAAAAAUAUGUCACGAAGAUCGCUGAACUCGGCUAUGCUACCAUGGUCAUUCUGACAUGGAUGCACAAAGCAUGUGGAACCAACAACACACAAGCCUGCGAAGACGAUCGUGUUGCAAAGGUUGCAAAGGCCUUGGACAUUCCAUCGAGCAGCAUCUUUCCAUUUACUCGCGGAAGCGUGACGCUGUCGGGCUACAAGGACUCUGCAGUGAGCAAGUAUGCGUUGCAGAUCUUGCAGACGGCUAUGGACAAUGCUAAUGAGCACUUCUCCAAGUCCAUGGAGAUUGCACAUCAGAAAGCCCUGAAAGAACAAGCCGAAAAGGAAGCACGAGAGCAGGCAGAUCGAAAAGAAGCGGAGAGGAUGGUCGGAAGAGGUCCCCAACCCGGGGACACAGUUCGUGCAGUGUUGGAGCAAAUCAGCGAGCUCUGGAAUUUCAGUUCUGAAGAUGCAAUUCUCAUGAGAAGUGUGGCAUGGCUGAUCGCGUUUCUGCUGGUGCUCGUCUUCAGAGGAACUUAUGGGCCACUUCGUGUAAGCGUUGAUGACCUGCCAGAGUGGCGCCGCCGCGAAGUUCAUGUAGACAUGUGGCUGAGGGUGCUUCUGGCUUUGCUGUUUGUGGGCCUGGCAGCCGUCAUCUUCCUUCCGGAAGUGAAAGCAGGUUUGAUUCCUUCGCAGUGGGAAGUGCAUUCCAGCCGCGACUGCUCAAGCGACUCUCUUCGUCUGGAGGGUGUGGCGUAUGUGAUGCGGAGGAUCUCGGAAGAAGAGUGCCGAGCGCAGUGCCACGAGCGCUCAGAUUGCUCCUUUGCAUCCUGGAGUUCAAGCACCUGCACUUUGUACUCCCAAUGCCAGUUUGUCUCCCGGAGUCAGUUCAAGCUGUUUCAGAAGAGGCACUCGGAUGCCAAAGUGCAGCUGGGCCCGCUCCUCCUCUCCAAUUUGCUGGUCUUGCUCUUUCCAUCGAUCUCUGGUAUUGGCGUCUGUUCGGUCGUUGUGUCGCUCGUUGCUUGGUUUUCCUUCAUGGGCUCAUUCGGCGAAUCUGGCGAGGCUGCUGGGGCUUCUUGGGCUUCGGAGGCUGCCGGGGCUGUUGCCUUACAUGCCGUGGCGCUGGCGUUGCAGUUUGCCUCGCACUGGCAGCUCCAGGAGCGGAAAUCACACGUGGAGAAGGAUGAACUGAACAAAGAUGAUAGGCAGAAGGAAAUUGAGCGGAAGCUUUGGAAGGAGGUUCGUGGCUGGGGCAAGACGGCGAUGCGGAAGAGUCGGCAGAUAGUCAUCACGGAUCUUCUCGUCAGCCUGGUUAUUCUGAGCAUCCUCAGCCUGCUCAUUGUCCAGGGGGCCUUCGCUGCCUCCGGGCACAACUCUUUCAAUAUCCUCAACUUUUUAUCUCAGGCGCUCGUUGGCGUCGACGCAAAUCUUGCAAUGAGGGCACUCUGGCUUGUGGUGGCCGUCUGUUUCUCUGCAAAGCCUGCUAUCCUCGCCCUUCACAAGUUCGAGCGCGGGUUUCGGGGUUUGGCCUGCAAUCCUUUGGACGAAAUGACCAAUGCCAUGGAGUCUGUUGCGGACAGGGCAUGGGAGAUUGAGCAAUUGCUCGACCACGAAACAAAGGGACCUGCCCUGGAAGACGACAACGGGAACGCUGCAGCGGUGGCUGUGAGGGAUGGAGCUGCUUCUGGCGCUUCGCAGGAUUUUCGGAUCGUCAAAGCGGGGGUUCUGAACAGGGCGAAGCAGCAUUUGCAGACCUAUGCGAGCCAACUUCAAACAGACCCCACUGCCUCUUUUGACCGAGAUGAUGUAUUGACAGAGCUGGCCAAAGCAACGCAAGAUGCUGGUGCUACUGCAGGAGGUGCCGCCUUUGACGUUUGCAAAAAAGUCGCCUUCGCUGUGUCCGGUGGCUGGAUCGGAGUGGCUGCGUCUGUUGGUGCAACGAUGGCAUCCCAUGGGUCCGCUGGCUCGGGCAAUGCCGAGGAGGUUCCUUCACAGCAGGCUUCUGGCGUUCUCAGUGUCGCAGACGCCGGAGAGGGCUCGGUACAGCAGCGUCCCGGGAGACGGAAGCAAGCAAGUCCGGUGGAUUGA